AUGGUCUUGAGUUUGAUCGUUCAAAUAGGACUUUGUGGAUUUGCAGAGAAUUAUCGGAAUAAUUGGUAUGUGCUGGUAGAUACUUCCAGAUAUAUCUUCAAUUACAGGCAUUUUAGUAAUGUCCUUGGGAUAUAUGAAAAUCUCAAAAAGCAUGGAAUCAAGGAUGAUAGGAUCAUUCUACUGGCUCCAAUGACAUAUGCAUGUGACCCUAGAAAUCGUCUUCCUGGAAAGAUCUUUUAUGAUCCUGAAAAGGACAUUAAUCUUUAUUGAAACAACCCUAUUGUGGAUAUUCGUGGAGAAGAUCUAUCUGAUAUUAAUGUUAUUAAUAUUAUUAAAGGACUUUACGAUGAGAACUUGCCUACUUCUCAGAAGCUAAUGUCCGAUGAAGACUCUGAUAUCAUGUUCUAUUUCACAGGUCAUAGUGGAGACGAGUUCUUUAAGAUACAAGAUUCCCAACUGCUUUAUUCCAGAGAUAUCGGAAAAGCACUUGAUAUUGCAUAUUUGAAAGGAAAGUAUCGAAAAAUAUUAUUCAUUAGCGACACUUGCGAAGCAUUUAGCUGGUUCAGCUAUGUCCAAGCCCCUAACGUAAUGUAUGAAGCAUCCUCAAAAUUAGGAGAAUCAGCUAUUUCUCAUGGAUGGGACAGUAGAAUUGAAAAUUUCCUCUCUGAUAAAUACACAUUCCUUCUUUUGAAAUAUUUUAGAGAUCGAUAUGAAAGCUUGUUCAAGAAGACUUCUCUUCAUACUCUUUUUACAAGCUUUGAUGUAAAAUUCUUGGAAGCUGAGCCAAGUUACGAUCAUACUUUGAUAGAUUCUAAUCUGCAGAGCGAGCCUUUGCUUGACUUUUUCCCUGCUCCUUUCACUACAGAUUCAUCAUCUCUAUUUCCUGAUGUACAGAGGUAUUCAAUCUUUGAGAGGGUAAAACGGUAUGCUACUAAGAAGGACUUUGAAAUCGCUGCUAGCUUUGUAAACAGCCUAUAA